AUGUUUGUCAGAAAGCGCGAUGGACGUCAGGAGCGCGUCCAGUUCGACAAAAUCACCGCCCGUGUCUCUCGGCUGUGUUACGGCCUCGACACGGAGCACGUCGACCCUGUUGCCAUCACUCAAAAGGUCAUCUCCGGUGUCUACGGCGGCGUGACGACUGUCCAGCUCGAUGAUCUCGCUGCUGAGACCGCUGCCUACAUGACCGUUACCCACCCCGACUAUGCCAUCCUGGCGGCCCGCAUCGCCGUCUCCAACCUACACAAGCAGACCAAGAAGCAGUGGUCUUCAGUCAUCAGCGACCUGUACCACUACGUCAACCCCAGGAAUGACCGGGCAUCGCCCAUGAUCUCGCAAGAGACGUACGACUGCGUCAUGAGGCACAAGGACGACCUGGAUUCGGCCAUUGUCUAUGACCGCGACUUCAACUACCAGUACUUUGGCUUCAAGACCCUGGAGCGUUCCUACCUGCUCAAGCUCAACGGCAAGAUUGUCGAGCGGCCGCAGCACAUGAUUAUGCGCGUUGCCGUCGGCAUCUGGGGAGACGACAUUGAGCGCGUCGUUGAGACCUACAACCUCAUGUCGAGCAAGUUUUUCACCCACGCCUCGCCCACCCUCUUCAACGCCGGCACUCCUCAGGCUCAGCUGUCGUCUUGCUUCCUCGUCGACAUGAAGGACGACAGCAUCGAGGGCAUCUACGACACCCUCAAGACGUGCGCCAUGAUCUCCAAGAUGGCCGGUGGCAUCGGCCUCAACGUCCACCGCAUCCGCGCCACCGGAUCCUACAUUGCCGGCACCAACGGCACUUCCAACGGCGUGGUUCCCAUGCUGCGUGUCUUCAACAACACGGCCCGCUACGUCGACCAGGGCGGAAACAAGCGGCCAGGCGCCUUUGCCAUCUACCUAGAGCCGUGGCAUGCCGAUGUCUUUGAGUUCCUCGAUUUGCGCAAGAACCACGGCAAAGAGGAGGUUCGCGCUCGCGACCUGUUCCUCGCGCUGUGGAUCCCCGAUCUCUUCAUGAAGCGCGUGGAGAAGAACGGCGACUGGACCCUCAUGUGCCCCAAUGAGUGCCCUGGCCUGGCCGACUGCUAUGGCGACGAGUUUGAGGCUCUGUACGAAAAGUACGAGCGCGAGGGCCGUGGCCGCAAGACCAUCCGCGCCCAGAAGCUCUGGUACUCGAUCCUCGAGGCCCAGACAGAGACGGGCAAUCCCUUCAUGCUCUAUAAGGACCACUGCAACCGCAAGAGCAACCAAAAGAACCUCGGCACCAUCCGCAGCUCAAACCUGUGCACCGAGAUCAUCGAGUACUCGGCCCCUGACGAGGUGGCUGUGUGCAACCUGGCGUCGCUGGCCCUGCCCGCCUUUGUCGACUACAGCGAGGGCCGCUACGACUUCAAGAAGCUCCACGAGGUUACUAUGGUGGUUGUCCGCAACCUCAACAAGAUCAUCGACGUCAACCACUACCCCGUGCAGGAGGCCCGCAACAGCAACAUGCGCCACCGCCCCAUCGGCGUCGGCGUGCAGGGGCUGGCGGAUGCCUUCCUCGCGCUGCGCAUGCCGUUUGAAUCCCCCGAGGCUCGCGAGCUGAACAAGCAGGUCUUUGAGACCAUCUACCACGCCGCCUUGACUGCCUCGAUGGAGCUGGCCAAGGAGCAGGGCCCCUACUCGUCCUUCAAGGGCUCCCCGGCGUCCGAGGGCAUCCUGCAGUUCGACAUGUGGAACGUCAAGCCCUCGGACCUCUGGGAGUGGGAGGAACUGAGGGAGCAGGUCAUGGAGCACGGCAUCCGCAACAGCCUGCUCGUGGCGCCGAUGCCCACGGCCAGCACGUCGCAGAUCCUGGGCAACAACGAGUGCUUCGAGCCGUACACGUCCAACAUUUACCAGCGACGAGUGCUUGCGGGCGAGUUCCAGGUGGUCAACCCCUGGCUGCUCAAGGAUCUCGUCGACAUGGGCCUGUGGUCGGACGCGAUGAAGAAUCGCAUCAUUUCCGAGAACGGCUCCAUCCAGAACAUCCCCAACAUCCCCGCCGACAUCAAGUCGCUCUACAAAACGGUCUGGGAGAUUUCGCAGCGGCAGGUGGUGCAGAUGGCGGCCGACCGCGGUGCCUUUAUCGACCAGUCUCAGUCGCUCAACAUCCACAUGAAGGAUCCCACCAUGGGAAAAAUCACCAGCAUGCACUUUGCCGGCUGGAAGCUGGGCCUCAAGACGGGCAUGUACUAUCUGCGCACGCAGGCGGCCGCCGCGCCCAUCCAGUUCACGGUCGACCAGCAGGCGCUCAAGGUGGCCGACGCCAACGUCGGCCGGGACAGGCUGCCCAAGAAGCGCACGGCCCCCGCGGGCACGAGCUACAUGUCGUCGUCGGCCGUCCCCCGCGCCACGUACCCGAAGGAGGAGGCGGUCGACUCGGUCGACUCGGUCGGCACCAACGGCAUCCCGACUCCCAGCACGACGCCGCCGCCGCCGGCCUCGACGGUUGACGCCAAACCUCGGCCCAUCGCAUCGCCCAGCAAGCCGGCGGCCAUCAAGGCCGACGCGGAAGAGGGCGACAGCCCCAAGGUUCUGCCGACGGAGCCGACGGAGGAGAUCAAGGACGAGGAGCUAGCCGAGCCCGGCAGCGGACGUGUCGAGGGCCAGUCGGAAGACAAGGACCAGGACAGCGAGGAGCGCGAGCGAGACAUUUACUCGGAAGCUGUAUUGGCUUGCAGCAUCGAGAACCCAGAAUCGUGCGUCAUGUGCAGCGGUUAG